AUGGCUUGGAAGAAGCGAAGAAAACGUCGCAUGUGCGAAUCUGCAGAAGCGAACUUCUUGUCUGCAGAAGCGAUGAAGCCGCAGAAGCAAAGGAAUUCUCGCAUCUACGAGACCGCAGAUGUACUUCAUGAAAUUCCAAAUUAUGCUAAGUACAUAAAAGAUAUAGUGGCUCACAAGAAGAGACUGACUGAAUUUGAGAUAGUUUCACUUACUGAGGAGUGCACUUCAAGGGUCCAAACCAAGCUUUCUCAAAAGCUUAAGGAUCCUGGCAGCUUCACCAUCCUUGUGCGAAUUGGUAAUAUUGAUCUAGCUGAUAGGUCCAUCGCAUACCCUGAAGGAGUGAUUGAAGAUGUGUUGCUGCAAAUUGGGAAAUUCAUCUUCCCUGCGGACUUCAUUAUCCUAGAUUAUGAGGCUGAUGAACAUGUUCCAAUCUUAUUGGGACGACCUUUCUUGGCUACUGGUGAUGCAAUUAUUAAAGUGAGAGAGGGAAAAAUGAUUAUGAGCGUGGACAACGAGGAAGCAGUCUUUAAUAUCUACAAAGCGAUCCAAAUUCCAUGCCACUAUGAGGAGCUCUCUAUGAUAUCUGUUGUGGAGAUGGAUGAGCAACUCCUUGACACGAGUGUAUAUCUAGAUGAUUCUCUAGAAAAAGCACUCAUGUUGUUCAAUAGCUUGGAGAUUGAUGAUGAGGUGGAUAAAGCAAAGGUGGAAGCGAUUGAAAAAUUGCUCCCGCCGACAUCUAUCAAAGGCAUUCACACUGAAGGGGGGUUGAUUAAAGAAAUAUUUCCUGAUGAGCAGUUAUUAGCAGUCACCUCAAGGGAAGCCCCGUGGUAUGAAGAUUAUGUGAAUUUUAUUGCAAGUGGUGUGACGCCACCAGAAGUGACACCUGAUAAUAGAAGAAGAUUCCUACAUGAUGUGAGGCUCUACAUGUGGGAUGACCCAUUCCUAUAUAGGCAGUGCGCAGAUCAGUUGGUGCGAAGGUGUGUUCCCGAGGAAGAGAUGAAUGCAAUAUUGCAUGACUGUCAUGCUUCUCCAUAUGGAGGGCACCAUGGUGGGGACAGAACUGCCCAAAAAGUGCCAAAGAAUCGAAACAAUCACGAAGAAGCACGAGAUGCCUUUGCAAAACAUUCUGGCAGUAGAGCUUUUUGA